GCGGAAACAGUUUUGGCAUCAAACGAACGAGGGUUUCAUUUCUGCUUGGCUGUGGUCUCGCAACAAAAAAUUGGCUUAUACUAUUUUAUAUAUAUAUAUCGACUUAGUUAUUAAGAAAAAAUUAAAAUGGCUUUAAAUUUGCAAUAUGAUGCUAUAGGUAAAAGUUUUGUACAACAAUAUUAUAUGCUCUUUGACGAUCCAAAUCAGAGGCCUAAUUUGGUAAACAUGUAUAACGUAGAGCAUUCAUUUAUGACCUUUGAAGGAAAACAAUUACAAGGUUCAGUAAAAAUAAUGGAAAAAUUAACUUCUUUAGGUUUUACAAAUAUUUCUAGACAAAUUACAGAAGUAGACUCGCAACCUAUGUUUGAUGGUGGAGUACUAAUAAAUGUUUUAGGAAGAUUACAAGUUGAUUCAGAUCCUCCUCAUGCGUACACCCAAGUUUUCGUAUUAAAACCAUUAAACGGAUCAUUUUUUGUUCAACACGACAUAUUUAGGUUGAACAUACAUAACAGUGCCUAAUUUAAUUAUAACUCAUUAUUCAACUCCAAUAUGCAGUCUCAAACUUCACUUGUACAUCUUUAUUUUCGCUUGUAAUGUCUUCACACUAAUAAAAUUAUUUUCUAAAAAAAAUUCCAUAUAUUUCUUCUUCAAUUUUUGUGAUAAUGUUACUUGAGUUUUACAUUAUUCCAAAGAUUUAAUAAAAAAUCAAGUUUUUGAAUUUUGUACUUAAAUUUUUUCUAAAUUCAUCUGUUUAGUUUCUGUUAUGUACUGCUUCUAUAACCAAUAAAAGGAUAUUUUUGUUCUUCAGAGUAAUUCCAAAACAUUUUAAAACAUUCCUAAAGUUUCAAUAAAUGUGAAACAAUAUUUGUAAAGGUCAAGUUGAUGUGGACAAGAAAAAAUGGGGUUAUUUUAUUAUCAAAACAUGCGUUCCAUAGUGUUUGUGGUAUUCAUACUGAACAUACUAUUCACUACCAUUUAUGCUUGUUGAACUAUAUAUAUACAAGAUGAUGAAACACGCCAUAAAACACCCAAAUUACAAAUUCUAUUGGACUAUCUAUAUACAGGGUGAUAAAACAUGUCAUAAAACACUCAAAAUACAGUUUCUAUUGGACUAUCUAUAUACAGGGUGAUAAAACAUGUCAUAAAACACUCAAAAUACAGUUUCUAUUGGACUAAAUAUGUACAAGAUGAUUAAACAUGCCAUAAAACACUCAAUAUAAGGCCGCUAUUGGACCAAAUAUUUACAGGAUGAUGUGACACGCCAUAAAACAACCAUAAUAAGGCUUAUAUUGGACUAAAUAUAUACAGGAUGUUGUUAUUACAAAUUUUCAUACAAAAAACCCACAAUGACUAACAGAAAUGUACUUAAUCAUGUUAAGACUUCUUUUGAGACACAAUUCUUGGAAAAGUGAUUAAAAAGCAGUUUUCUUUUGGUCUCUGAAAAAGAUAAUUUAGUAAUCAUAAGAAUUAGAAUGCAUUAGUGAAAAUAGCUUUAUUUUUCUUUAAAAUUCGUAUUGACAUGUUUUUGCAUUUCUUCACUUUGAAUUUUCAAAAAAUUCUUGUCUUGAUAUAUUUAUUUCAAGUGUCGCAUCCAUUUUUUUUUAAAUAUAUUUUCUGAUCUUUUAUAUAGCCCCAAAUUUAAUCAAAAUAUAUUAAUAAAUUAAAUAGUAUAAUUAUAUUAACUGUUAUCACUCUCUACAUUUAUAUCAUGGUUUUCUAUGUCCUUAGCAUCAGUUGGUAUUUUCUCAAUUCUUUUAGGAAGGACUUUAUCAAUUGCUUCUUUGAAACUGCAUCCUUCACUUACAUACAGAAGAAUUUCGUAAACUGGAAAAAAAAAAUUAAAGUCACAAAUAUAAUAUAGUUUUGUUGAUAAAUUAUUUUUUAGUUGUUACCAGUUAACGUCUUCCGACACUUUACUUACAGUGUCUGAAGAUGAUAACUUGGUUAUCGAAACACGCGUCAAACAGUGUAAUUGUGAGUGUUAGUGUAAACAGUGUGUUCAUAUGAAUAUCACCAACAGUUCCAGAAAUUCCAAAUUAGUUUAAAAAAAAAUGAAAAGGAGUUUUGUAUGUUAAUAAAGCAUUGCUUUCCGACAAAAAGUACUAUUAAAGCCAAACAUUGGUUUAGUAAACAUUAUUUGGACUUUGCUCCAAGAAAAUCAACUGUUGACAAGUGGUGUGCAAAAUGUACAAAAGACUAAAUAAGCACGUCUCAAAGAGGUUGUUACCAAGUAGUUUUACAAAUAUUCAUUUAAUUAGUCCGAAUUAAUUUUUUCAAUGAUAUAUAUGACUUGUUCAAGUAAAUCACCAUAAAAGUACCUGUGGAUUGAAGAGUCUUAGUUACUAUUCUUUUUGUCAUAUUUAGAAAUAAAGACAAAAAAGUGACACCUUAAUAUUUAAAAUUUCUCACUACCUCCAAAGGUUCGCUAUUAUAUUUGAAAUUAAGUUUAUAUCCACUCAAGCAAAUUCGAAAAUAAAUAAAUUGAAUUGAAAAUUAUAUUAAUAAAUUUUUUCGAUCUACUUUGAAGACUUUUAUUGCAAUUUGAUCUGAUAAAAAGUUAUGUAAAAACAAAUUACUAUGGAACCUAGAGAAAAAUGAGCAAAACAAUGGAGGCAAAUGAAAAUCUUGAUGGAUUAAUUUUAACACAACUAGGAUAAUAAGGAUUUGCUUCGUAUUAUGCAACCAGUGAGGAAAAUAAUGAGUAUACUUUUCCGAUGACAUAGGAACACAAAAUAUUUAAAAGCUUUAUAAACUACCACAAAAAAAUAUGCAUUCCAUUUUCUAUAUACAGCAACUAUUUGAGAAACAGCGAUCUCCUUAGGGAUCUAGGAAUGGGAAUGCAAUCAAGGAAAGAUAUUUUGCAAGAAAACAUUAUAAACAUAAUAACAUAGAAGGGAUGCAGCUGCUGGGAUAAUGAGAACACAGAUUUUAAUACAAAAAUAUUGCUUGUGAAUUUCUAGAUUAGUUAUAAUGGAAUUUAAUAAAUAAAAAACUUUGUACUCUAUUUUUUAAUAAUUAACUGUAUUAUUUGAUCAUACCUAAUAGAAAAUUAUUAAUUUUAAAAAAUAGUGUAUAAAAAAAUCAUAAAAUAUAUUAUUACCAGAAAAA